AUGGGGAAGAAAUUCAAACAUUCAGAAAUAUUUCCUAGUAACCCAAUGCUUUUGUGUAUUUGUGGAAGUUCCGGUUCUGGGAAAACUCAUCUCACUUUUAACAUGUUGACAACACCAAACCUUUUAGAUUUCAAUUCUCUCUAUAUCUACACAACAACACCAGAGCAAUCAUAUUAUCAAUUCCUCAAAGCUUUAGAAUAUUUACCAAAGAAAGAUGUUCAAGACAUAUUUCAAUUGUAUGAAGAAAACGAAGAAGAAGAAGUGGAAAUAAAAGAUAUCAUAGAUAACUACAUUAAAGCAAAGAAUCCAUCUUUCUAUCCAACGGACAUUAAAGUUUUUCUUACGAAAAAUGUUAAUGAUCUAGACUUGUCUAAUAUUGAUAGCAAUCGAAAGAACUUAAUAUUGUUUGACGACUGCGUAGCGAAAGGAAGACAUCACAACUUUGAUGAAGCAGAUGAUGAAUAUGAAGAUGAGGUAUCAGAUGAUUAUACUGAAGACAGUUCAAUUACACAAGAAAUAGACGAAUUCGAAGAUAUGGUAUCUGGACAAGGUAUAACGUUUUUAUCCGACAACAACGAGGAACUACUUAAUAGAUUACAAAUAAUAUUAGAGGCAAUGAAGCCAGGUCGUCAAUCACACAGACAAUAUAAUGAAGUAAAUUGUAUAUUAAAAAGACUCAUAGAGAAAGGUAUCAUAGAUAAAAAUGAUUAUAAAAGCGUCAUUAAAAAUAUCAAAUAA